UCAAGUUUCAUUCCAAAGUGAUUUACAGACACAGAAAUGACUUGAAACAAAACAAAAGUGAAUUUUCAGUUAACUUCUACACAAGACUGUUGUUCUUAUUGUUUAGCUUAACUUUAUUUCAGGCUGGGGUUAGGGUUCAUAUCAGUAUAAGAGUUAAAAAUAAACAGAACAAUAAUAUAAAAAUGAUUAUCAAACUGUACAAAUCCACAGGGAUUAAAACACAUUCACACAUUUGCUCCAGAUGAUGACUCGUCUCAGGAACUGAUGAGUCAGUUAAUCAAUAAAUACGUUCAACAUGAAGUUAUGUGCAAUAAUGUAUGUACACGACAAACGACCUGUGACAGAAACCGUUUCUCUCAUCAGGGUCUGGAGCUGAUGAACUGGAUUGUUUCAUAAAGAAUCUGAUCAUUUGGAUUAUAAACUUUUAUCUUAAUGCUGCUCAUCAACUCCAGGCAGAAAUAAACUCAAAGUUCUAAACUAAAGAAAAAUCCUCAAAACGUUCCGACACAGAUCAGCUCAUGUGAGAUGGUUUCCUCCUGAGAGACGGAAACCAGGGGACAGUGUUUGUAGGAGAAUGUGACCUGGUUAGAGGAGUUCUCUCCUCUAAUUAUAUUCCACAUCACCAGGGAAUAUGUUUCCAUACAGUGAGGUCACUUAUUACAGUUCCACUUCUUUCAGCUAAUUGUGGUGUCACUCACUCUGUGGAAUUCCCUUAAACUAUAACACUUCCUCAGGGAGAUGAUGUGUAUCACUCUCACUUGUUUCAAUGUGAGUCUCCACAUGUACACACUCCAUGAAACCAACUACAGAACAAAAGGAAUAAAAAGUAAAGAACGAUAAGGAGAAUAAACGAAGAGAGGAAGAGAUUGAGUGAAAACAAGUUUUAGAUUUUUAUCCCAAACGCAAAUAUGAUGAUUUUCAUAAAAACGCUCCACAAAGUUUCUCAUGCAUCUGGAUUCUACCUGAAACUGUGUCACAGGGCUAACAGUCUCAUUCUGGGACAACCACGUUCUAAUUGGUCCUCUCAGUCUCCCCCCUCCCUCUCUGUCUCUCCUCUGGAUGUCUCCCCUCCCUCUCUUCCAUUUACAGUGUAGGAGAGGAGAUCACUCUGUCCUGGACACUCUGAGUUCUCCAUCUCCAUCUCCGUCCUCCUGACUCCGACCGGAUCCUGCCCCUGCGACCCGGUUCUGCUCGGCUGCUUCUCGGGUCGACCGUCCACAGAGUUUCCUGAAGAGCAGAGACCAACCUGAAGAGAGGAUGCAGCGAUUCAGGGAAGGAGUUCACAUCCGCGCCAUGAAGGCCAAGAGGAAAGUGGAGGAGGUCUCUAAAGAGGACGUCCAGGCCUUCCUGAAGAAGAACGCCUUCGUGCUCUUCACCGUGGGGGCAGUGGUUGUGGGUGUCAUUCUGGGAUUUGCACUGCGACCCUACAAGAUGACCUAUCGAGAAGUGAAGUACUUCUCCUUCCCUGGAGAGCUGCUGAUGAGGAUGCUUCAGAUGCUGGUUCUGCCCUUACUGGUUUCCAGUCUAAUAACAGGAAUGGCAGCUCUAGACAGCAAAGCCUCGGGGAAGAUGGGCAUGAGAGCCGUGAUCUACUACAUGACCACGACCUUCAUCGCAGUCUUCGUCGGCAUCAUCAUCGUCCUCAUCAUCCAUCCAGGAAAAGGAUCCAAAGAAGAGUUUGGAAAGCAGCAGAAGAUUGAGCAAGUCAGUCCAGUGGACGCCUUCUUAGAUCUGAUCAGGAACAUGUUUCCACCGAACCUGGUCCAAGCCUGCACCCAGCAGUUCAAAACCAAGUAUGGGAAGCGAGUUGUCCAUGUGACCGUGACGGUGAACGACACCCUCUUCAACUCCACCAAUGGCAGCCAGGAGGUCAUGGAGUUCACCCGGGAGGAGGUGAUCCCGGUGCCGGGCCAGGUGAACGGGGUCAACGCCCUCGGGCUGGUGGUCUUCUCCAUGUGCUUCGGGCUGAUAAUUGGCAGCAUGAAGGAGCAGGGCCAGGUCCUGAGGGACUUCUUCGACAGCCUCAACGAGGCGAUCAUGCGCCUGGUGGCCAUCAUCAUGUGGUAUUGCCCGAUUGGUAUCCUGUUCCUCAUCGCAGGAAAGAUCGUGGAGAUGGAUGACCUGACCGAGAUGGGAGGCCAGCUGGGCAUGUACACCAUCACGGUCAUCAUCGGCCUGCUGAUCCACGGCGUGCUGAUCCUUCCCACUCUGUACUUUGUCAUCACUCGGCAGAACCCCUUCAUCUUCAUCGCUGGGCUGCUGCAGGCGCUGGUCACGGCCCUGGGGACGUCCUCCAGCUCGGCCACUCUCCCCGUCACCUUCAAGUGCCUGGAGGAGAACAACAAGAUCGACAAGCGAAUCACGCGCUUCGUGCUGCCCGUGGGCGCCACCAUCAACAUGGACGGGACCGCGCUGUACGAAGCUCUGGCGGCCAUCUUUAUUGCUCAGGUUAACAAUAUGGAGAUGAACUUUGGUCAGAUCCUCACGAUAAGCAUCACAGCGACGGCCGCGAGCAUCGGCGCCGCCGGGAUCCCCCAGGCCGGCCUGGUCACCAUGGUGAUCGUACUGACCUCUGUCGGACUCCCGACUGAUGACAUCACUCUCAUCAUCGCAGUCGAUUGGUUUCUGGAUCGUCUGCGCACCACCACCAACGUCCUGGGGGACUCGAUCGGCGCCGGCAUCGUGGAGUUCCUGUCCCGGCACGAGCUCCGCUGCAAAGACGUGGAGAUGGGAAACUCGGUGCUGGAGGAGAAGGAGAGGAAGAAACCGUACAAGCUCAUCUCCCAGGAUAGUGAUUUAGAAAAUGAUAAACGUGCUCACAGCGAAUCCCACAUGUAGUCCAGACUCGGUCCCAUCUGUCCAUCUGUCCCAUCUGUCCAUCUGUCCACACGUCCACACGUCCUGCAGCUGGUUCACCUCAUUCAUGCUCAGCGUUAAUAUGGAAACUUACAGAACCUUCUGUUCGUUCUCUGCCUUCACUUCAUCCGUGUCUUUGCAGAACUUCUGAACGUUUCCGGACAGAACAAGCGAAACAGAGCAGUUCUGUUAGAAGUGUGUGUGUGGGGGGGGUCAGCAUAGUGCACACGAGGAAGAAAGUUACACAAAGCUGGAACUUGAUGAUGUGAGAGUUUGUGAGUUGGUGAGAAACGAAGGGAUGAUGAACCCUCCGUCCACUGGGUGGCGCUGAACCACGUGAUGACAUGGUUUGAAACGGUCCUGGUGUUUGUGUCGUGAACGUUCCUCCGUCCUCCUCUGAGUUAUGCUUCUAUCAUGUGUUUCAAAUAGAUCCGGUAGCUUCUACUUCUCAUGUUUACAACUCAGUUAAAUGUUUAAAAUCUCUCUUUAUAUGUGUAAGUGCAGGUGAAGUGAACGUUUAGUGGCUGCUCACAAAGAGAUUCACUAAUUCAGAAAACGAUUAUCAUUCUGUCACCCAGAGAUUCAUAACCUGAUCUAAAAUCAGACUUUGUUGAAUUUUGUUGAAUAAUAAUAUUGUGGUUAUUAGUUUAUUAGACGUUUGAAUGUCUCAGCGUUAGAAACUCUGUCAUUGAUCUAGAAAUACAAACGUAUGUGAGUCUUUACAUUUUCCAGAGACCUGCUGAACUUUUUACCAACACAGCUCUUUGACUCUAGAUUUGACUGAUAUGAUGAUUAAUACAUGUUAAAGUCUCGUUUCAUUAUGGAGACACAUGAGAUUCACGACUUUUGUGACAACAGUUGUUUUAGUAUUUUGUUAAUUACAACUUGAGUGAAAUAAAGAUUGAAUGAAAUGUCCUGUCUGUGUCUCUGUAGAACUUAAACCAACUUAUUUCUUAAAUUGUGUCUGAAAACAAUUUUAUACAGUUCAGAGAAAUGGUUUUUAUCCUCAGAUGAAAUGACAGGAGGCCUCCAGACUCCAGGCUGUGUGACAUCAGUCAC